UGCUUAGCCAUGUAAUUCGACAUUAAUUUAUAGCUAGAUAUCUGCAGAUGGAUUAAUAAUGAAUUCCAUCAUGCCCAUUGCUUAUUUAUUCCUAGGAUAUAAAUAUAUAUAUAUAUAGAAAUACAAAUCCGAUUAACUUAAGCAUCCCGCAUCCACCCAUGGUCCAUGAUCCUCCUCACCUUUCCAUCCAUCCCUCUCUUUCCCCUCGCGCUUUACCAGAUAUGUCAAUCCCCUCUCUCGGCACCGUGGAUAUCAACCAUGUUUCCUACGACGCGGCUACGAAUAGCCUGACAUGGACAAUGACGGGGGCGACGGCCGGGGAUGAGGAGGGUAGGACGAGGACGCAUCAUGUCGUUAAGGGAGAGCGAAUCGUUGCUGUCGUCCCGUGCGCUGAGGGUGAGGAGGGGCUUAUGUCGUAUAUAUGGCUGGAGGACUCGGACUCGGACUCGGACUCUGAUCGGCCUGGAAUACUACGUGAUAAGCAGGACCAGUCGGAGCAUCCUUAUCCUUAUCCGUAUGAACUGAGACGAUUCGAAGCAGCGGGUGAAUGUCCCGCAGCGCUCCGGGAGUUCAUCGGCGGCGGUGGCAGUGGUCCGCAGGCUCGCCCUGAUCAUUUGUACCCCGCCAAAUCAUCACCGGAUAUCACCACUACCGCCCCCGAAUCCACAGACCCCAAUAACCUCCAUAUAAUCAUCUCCACCCUCUCCGGCACCCACCAGGCCAGCGCCUUCUACACAGCCCUCCUCAAACCCCUCCUCGCAACCCUCCACCUCCACGAACACACCGACUACACCCCGCACCCCACCACCUCCCCACACACAAUCACCCAUCUCACCCAGACCAUCUUCCGCCCGCGCGCCCGCCGCGGCAUCGCGCAGACCAUCAUCCUCCUGGCCGGCGAUGGCGGGCUGGUAGAGGUCAUCAAGAGCCUAACGGCCGUGUCUGCCGCUGAAGCCGCGGGGCCGGGCACCGCGCCAGUCUUCGUGCCGCCCGUCGUGGCGCUGGUGCCGAUGGGGACGGGGAAUGCGAUGGCGCAUUCUGCGGGGGUUAUUGGGCCCGGGCGGGAUGAGACGGUGGGGCUGCGCGGGGUGGUGGGUGGGGUGGCGAGGCCGUUGCCGGUGUUUGCGGCGAGGGUGUCUGCGGGUGCGGAGUAUGUGACGGAUCAGGGGAGGGGGAGGGAGGGUGUUUUUGUGCCUUCUUCUUCUUCUUCUACUAGUCAUGAUGAUCAUGAUGAUGGUGGCCGUGGUGGCCGUGGUGGUGGUGGUGGGGAGGCGGAACUUUAUGGUGCCGUUGUGCUUAGCUGGGGCAUGCAUGCGUCUCUCGUUGCGGAUAGCGAUACGCCCGAGUACCGCCGUUUUGGGCGGGAGAGGUUCCAGAUGGCGGCGAAGGAGCUGCUGUUUCCGGCUGGGGGAGGGAAGCCGCAUGUCUAUCGGGGCCGGAUCAGUGUCACGACGAGAACUACGGAUGCAACUACGGGAGGGGAAAUGCUACGGACGCGCCUGCUUGAGCGGAGCGAGCAUAUGUAUGUACUCGUCACGCUUUGCUCGACGCUGGAAAAGGGGUUUACGAUAUCGCCCUCGUCCAGGCCGCUGGAUGGGAAGAUGUGGUUUGUGCAUUUUGGGCCCAUGGAGGCCGGGACUGUGAUGGAGGUUAUGCAAUUGGCGUACGAUGGGGGUAGGCAUGUGGUGGACAAGGGCGAUGUGGUUGGGUAUGAGGAGGUUGAGGCUGUUAGGAUUGAGUUUUGUGAGGGGGAGGUGGAGGAGAGGUGGAGGCGGAUUUGUAUUGAUGGCAUGAUUGUGGUUGUGGAGGAUGGGGGGUGGGUGGAAGUCAGGAAGGCGAAGAGGGAGGUCGUGAGGUUGGUUGUGCCCGCGGGAAGAGGGUUGGGUGGUGAUAAUGGUGAGAGGAGGGACGUUAAUUAACAAAUGAUGAUGAUAUUUUGGUUUGAGGUUAGAGAGUAGUUGGUAUAGUUGUAGAUCCUUUAUAUACACCAUCGAUAUUAACGACGGACAUCGAGGAGCCUUGGAACGGAGUUUAUAUCGGAAAGAUUUAAUUAAGCGUUGAACAGCAGUUUUAUCCGGUAAAAGCCCAGCUCCGCAACCGUGAGCACCAUUGAAGCAUUUGGCUGUUUUGUUCCACUUCAACAAGAGCAUGGUCUCGCACACCCAUGCAUUGCCCCUGAAAUUGACCUGCCCUGCCCCUUUAUUCUGUAAGAGGAGAGCGGGCUGAAGAUGAAUACCGAGACUACAGACAUGCACCGGAGAAUUAUACUAGCAGGAUUUCACCUAUUAUCUAUCAGCAAAGAAUGGCGGUAGAACAAGCAACGGGCGGAGAGCGGAGAGCGGAAAUGUGUAUACGGCGGAAUGACGGCGGAGAAACGGCGGAGGUUUGCUGAAGAACAAGAACUAACUACGUCAUUGUAAUAUUGAGAUGGAUGCGCGGUAAUUUACAAUAGUUAGUUACGUUACACCGCCCGAGCGUAAUCCGAAUACAGGGGCUGGCUUGUCACAUGGAAAUGGAAGCCCUAAUUCCCUAGUUAAGUUAAUCGGUAACUAAUCGUUGACUUGGAC